AAACUAGAAACAGUCGAAGCAGAAACGCGGAAGCCAAGAUCAAGUCAAGACAGAAAUCCUGUGAGUAAGUUUGUUCAAUAUAUUGAGUCUACCAAGAAUCAUCAGCCACUAGGAAGUUUAUUCAAUAUAUCUAGAGAUAAUCCCAGGAUGCCUGGUUCAAUAUACCAUUUAAGAUAUACUGAGGCAACUGUUCAACAUAUUGAAAAAAACAACCAGGAAGAAUUAACUAGCACCUCCCGUAUUUAUCGACUUGUAAGGCGACACAACUGUUUCUCCUAUCAAAACGGUAGACCCUUACAAGGAUCUCUACUUGCCUUAAAAAUAAAACUCGGAAACGAAACCGGUAAGGAAAUUCAUGUUGAUUUUUCUUCGUCGGAAUCGGUUCAACGAAAAGAGUUAAGAACAAUACUAAUGAGAGAGGACAUACCUGAAGAGAGUAUAGUGAAGUCAUUAAUGGAAAGGAAUGUUGAAAUGGAAGUAAAUAAUGAUCAUGUAAUGAAAUUUGAUGGAUUGAGUCGAAUGGAUGAAAUGAAAACUGUAAAUAUACCUGAAAUGUCUCUUGGAAUUGAUAAUAAAAAUAUCUUUACCAAGAUGAAAUUGAAGGUGAAAGUGACGAAUGCCAAGCGUGCAUCAAAUAUUGAGAUCUACAGAGCCAACGGGAAUGGAUGGCGGAUGUAG